CGCUUACCGAACUUCAGACGUCGAGUGGCAGUCGAUCUGUUAAGACGUGCUUUUGGCUCAAACCAUUUAUAAAGCUUCAAAACAAACUCUAUCGUUACUUCUACGAAACAACUAACAACUAAAUUUCUGCAUCUUAAAGAUUUUGUGUGGAUAAGUGAAAAGUAAAGUGACUCCUUUUUCGGAACGGCUGUGACAGCGCAGACAAAAAGAAACGUUGCUGCAUUUACCACAUCUACAACCACGUUGGUUUCCACACCUUUCUCAUUUACUUUGUGGACUCAUCUCUGUAAGGCUUAGAUGACAGGCAAGGAUACGGAUUCAAUGGCAACUGUGCAAAUAAAGCCCGAUUAUGCGGCCAGCGAAGUCUACAGCACCGCCAGCGAAGCGCCACCGCUCGGAUUGUUUAGCUUUAAUACACAGGCUUACAAGCGCCAAUCGAAUUCAGUGAAAAUAGCCAAAAUCACUGCAUUCACCAUUAUAGUGUCCUCAUUCAUUUUGGGUGCUUUCAUUUUGGCCUCAUCAUAUCUACAGGCCAAGGCUUCAUGCGACCAGGUGCAAGCACUGGACUCUGUACUGGAGAAAGAAUUGAUGCUAGAAACACUACAGCAAGUGAACAAAGAACUUCCACGCGCGGAGGCACUUUUGGGCAGGGAAAAUAGCGAUGAGGUGGACCUCCAAAAUUUGGACAAAGACGUCAGCGUGAAGAAGGUCGAAAUUAAGGCUGCACCCACCCAGGUUACCGCCACCGCCACAGAUGACAGCGACUCCAGUGACAAUGACAACUCCUAUUCCGAUGUUGAUGAUACCGAGGAACUAAAAUACCCUGGUAAAGUGCCACUCGAAUUGGAUUUGAGCGAUUUGGCAGCUGCUUUGUUGCAAAACAACAAAAAAUCCCGCAUGAACUGUGUUGUUGAGCGCAAACAUGCCGAGGAAAUCGUGGAUUCGCCAUCGAAGACUGUUGCCUUACCUUUCGGCGUCAAUCUCACCACCGAUCCCAAGAAGGCGCGCAUUACCGGUGAACGCAUCUCAAUCUACUGCGAAGGCGGCAAUGAAAAUAAAGGCCCCGAAACACCAGAAUCAGCGCGCAACAACAAUCGAGAAGAGGACGAUGAUAAUGAUGAGGAAAUCGAGUCGAAUAGGCCCAUGUUCAUUCCAUACCAACGCAUUCCCAUUCCAUUCGCUCAAAUUCCACAACGCUUCCCCUUGACUCACAUGCCCCAACGCAUGUUGCCACUCAUGCCACCAAUGUCGGCCAUGUCACAGAUGUCACAGGAAUCCCAACAAUCACAGCCCCAACAAUCCUUCAUCCGUCAAAUGCCACCACCCUUCCAACACUUGCCUAUGCGUCCACCUAUGCCACCACAAGUGAUGCAAGCACCACAUCCCGAUGCACAGCAAUCGCAACCAAAUAUGUUUGUGCCACAGACCGUACGCAUUCACGUUCAUCAGAUACCCAUUCGUGAAAUUCACAUGGCUGAUGAUGUGCCAGUGCAAAUACCAUCACAGCAACAGGAAUUGCCACAAUUCCAAAUUCAACGUCUACCUCUUGGUGUCGCCCUGCAACGUGCCGGUAUAACCGCCGACGAUUUGCGCAACAUUCAGCGUAUGGCUGAGGAUCGUAUCACCGAUGAGCUGCGACGUCUUGCUGCCGAAGAGGCGGCUGAAUCGGCGGAGGGCAACAACAGUAACAACAACAACAGCAACAAUAACCGUGAUAGCGAGGAACGUGACGAUUCAUCGUCUGAUGCACAAAUGUCCAACGAGCAGGAGCAUGCCGUUCGCCAACAACAACAACAGCUUCCCCACCUAGCGCAGCCGCAGCAGCCCGCCAUGGCGCCAGAGGGAUCGAUGCGCAUGGAGCAAGCGCCACCACAGCGCCUAAUACUGCAGCCGCUGCCAGAGCAACCCCGCGACACCAUGACACCACCCAUGCCCGAUCAACCACCCAUGAUGCAAUAUGGUCGCGCUAACUUCGGACGCAGUCUGGCACAGCCGGUGCGCAUUCCAGUGCCAAUUCUGCAGCCACAUAACGAGGGCGAGAUUGGCACUUCCAUCGAGUCGGAAAGGCCGCACUUUGUUCAGCCACGAUCCGUUUAAACAUUGAGCCUGUGAUUGCUGCUGCUUUCGGUCGAAGAUAUUAAAGUUAGAAGUGCUAGUCCCACACUUCGCUCUGUUCGCCUCCGUCGUCGCUCCGUCUGUGCAACCGGAAGCAGCUAUACGCCAAAAAAUUUUAUACCAUUCAUAUUCUCGUUUCUUUUCUGCACAAAAUGGAUAUGUAAAUGCAAACAGUUUCAAUGAAAGGACUAGACAAUAUUGUUUUUGCCAUCUAGCCAACAACAACAAAAAACAUUUGAAUAUCAAAAACAGUUAAAUUGGGAUAAAUGCACAGACUCUUACAGAAAUAAAGACAAUUUGUAUUUUAUAUUUUCUGUUUCUAUUUUAUCUGUAUUUGUAAUUUGAUGCGUACUACGUAUUUCAUCAGCUGCACGUACUAUAUAAGUAUAUAUGUACAUAUGUAUUGUAUUGUUUAAAUAUAAAUGGAGCCGCAUUGGUGUAUCUUCCAAUCUGUAAAAUUA